GUCCCUCUGUUUUGAAAUGUCACUGGGGUCUUGCUGGAGACUUUGGGCUUCUUCUCAUUAGCUGCUUAUGAAGUUAAGAGCAGUGACAAUAGCGGCCACGACAGCCGUCAGACCCAGAGUGAUGCUCUUUCUGCUGUUGCUGUUCCUUCAGCUGCUACCCAGUGCUGCCUCUGGGAUGUUGAAGGCAGAAUGCCCGUUGAACUUGAGGAGGGACUAUCCAGAUGCGCUGAACUAUUACAAGCCAGGAGACCACAUCAUAAGUGGGCUCAUAUCUACAGUGCAAUCUAUGCUGUCAACGUACAAUUUUAGCAUGCCCCCACAAAAUGUGGUUAUACGGUAAGCACUUGAAAAGCAGUCAGAAUAACUCAGCUAUGAUUUUAUCCAAUGCCCCAUCAUUCCACAAACAUUUCCUUAACAUGUUUGAAUAUUGCGUACUCCCUCUUUACAGUGCUCAGGUGCCCAAAUGUACUGGCCAUCUGUCAUGGAUGCUUUAGUUUAGAUUUCUGCACUUUAGGGGGAUGGAGUCCUUUCCAUCUCUACAAUUUGGUGAUUUUUGUCUGUCUCUGCUUCGGUGGCAAGCAGCUGUUUGCCUUGUAUCAAGCACACUUAUGGCAGAUUAUGUGAUUUGCUUCAUGUUUAGAUCUGUGCGAAAGCUGUGGUGUCAUUCUUUGAGUAAAAUCCAGAGGCUGAAGAUUAAGAAAGCAGGGAUUCAAUAUGAUUUCAGUGAAUGGAGAAUGACAUGAGAAUAAUACAUUGUUUUAUGGUAGGACUGAUGUCUCCUACUGGUAUCUCCUGUCCUUGCAGAUUGCUAUUCAUGAGAUAAAUCAGGAUCCUGGGAUCUUGCCCAAUGUCACCCUGGGCUACAACCUCUAUGAGAACUAUUUCAAUUCAAGAAUGACUUACGACACGAUGAUAGAUCUGCUCUCUCCUGGCAGGGCAAAUGUUCCAAACUACAAUUGCGGAAGACAGAGCAAGCCCCUGGUUUUCAUUGAAGGGCUUGAUUCGGACACCUCUGCCCAAAUUUCAAGUUUGCUGGGAAUUUACAAAAUCCCCCAGGUAUGAAAACAACAGCAUAGGCAGCCUGCAGGAAAGCACUGCUUUGUUGGAGAAAAUGCCAGGAAUUGUUCAGAGAAGUAAGGGCUGCCCUUUCCACCAGAGGAAUCACACAGACCCUUGUUCCAGUUAAUAGUAGGCAUGUGGUUAGGGAAGCUCUCCCACCCUUAGUGGAGGGUUUGUCCAGCUGUGAGAAGAAAAGUCCCAGAAGGAGAGUUCACCAGAGCACCCUUGUAAGAAGGGAAACAAUCCUAGUGGUGCAGCAGUAACAUUGCUAGCACAUUUGCAAAGCUAAGCAGGGCCCAGUAUGGUUUCAAAUUGGAUGGGAGACCGUGCGUUGAGAUUUCUGCAUUGCAUGGGCGUUGGACUAGAUGACCCUUGGAGUCCCUUACAAUUCCAUGUUUCUAUAAACAGAACACUCAUGAGAACUACACUGCUUAGUAGCUUAGUGGGGAAGUACAAGGGGAAAUGGGGCAUGAUAAAAAUGCAACCUUUUAGGGGUCUGCCUGGCACCAAUAAUUUUGGAGUAGAUCUUCUGAGAAGAGUUCUUCAGAUCCAUUAAGGUUAUAUCUUUACUGCCUUCUUCCAGCUGCAUCUAUUCCUUUCCUUUCCUUUCCUUUCCUUUCCUUUCCUUUCCUUUCCUUUCCUUUCCUUUCCUUUCCUUUCCUUUCCUUUUUCCUCUCCUCUCCUCUCCUCUCCUCUCCUCUCCUCCCUCCCUCCCUUCCUUUUUGAUUUGGCAGAAGUAGAGGGACGGCACAUUUACACUUUCCCCUUGCAAAAUCCCCUAUCAGUGUUGCCAUCCCUGCUUCAGAGCUGCUCCAAAUACCCAGAAAAGUGUGGUGCUUUCUCUCAUUGCCAAUGGAGCCCUUUUCCAUUGUGAGUACCAGUUGCUCUGUGAGAUAUCACCACAGUUCAAAAUGGCAUAUAUAAAUGUAAUGCACCAGGUAGUUUCUCCACAGUGCUCAGGUGAGAAGCAGAAAGUGAAAUGAGUGCAGGCAGCAGGACCUUAUGCUGAAGGCUGAUAAAUAUAGGGCAGGAAAAGAAAUCUAUAGAACUGACCUCACACGGAAGAUGUGAAAUAUCUAUUAAAAAGCUGCUUAGGAGACCACACAGAGAAAUGCGCAGGACAUGACCCUUCCUGAGCAGAAUUCCAAGUUAAUUGAUAAUAUCAGCGCUUGCCCUGAAAGCAAAAGAAACUCUUCAAUCUUUCCUUUCCUUACCAGGUAAGUUACAUUUCCGUCAAUCAUGCUCUUGGCAAAGCACAGUUCCCUUUCAUCUACCGGAUGAUCCCAAAUGAAGAACCCCCAAGCCAAGGGAUUGUUCGUCUACUUCUGCAUUUCAGGUGGACGUGGAUCGGGCUCAUUGCUCCUGACACGGACAAUGGAGAAAGGUUUCUGAGCACCUUGACCCCCGUUCUCAUUAGGAGCAGUGUCUGUGUUGCCUUCUCACAAAAAAUCUCACGAGAGGAUUUCAUUGUGCCCGAUUUACUUGACAAGAUCUUGCACAAGAUUUUGUUUUCCAUGGACAGGAGAAUCAAUGUAUUUCUGUACUAUGGGGAGUCUCUGUCUUUGGUAGAUGUAUUAACAACAAUUGACGUGGUGGGUGCAACCCUGACUCCAAUUACAGGGAAAAUUUGGAUCACAAUAGCUUUGUCAUACUUCAACUCCAACCUAUCUCCCACAAUGCUUAUGAACAAGCACAUCUAUGGUUAUUUAUCAUUAUUUAUCCAGACCAAAAAAAAAUCGAAGCAUAACCUGCCAGUUAUAUAUCAUGGUAAUAUUGAUAUGAAUACGAUAUGGGAAAAUGGAUAUCAUUGCUUAUAUUCAAAGCAUGUGUUAUCUGUGAAAGGCCAGAACCGAUGCAUUGCGAAGGAAAACCUGAAGAGCUACCCUCAAAAUGUCCUGGAAAGAAGCCUUUUUCAAGACACUUACAGCAUUUACAACACUGUCCGAUCUCUGGCACGUGCCUUAAAUGCUGCAGACUCAUCCAGAGCCAAGUGGAUGGUGAUGGUGGGCAGAAAGAGAUUGGAAGGUAAAAGAAUCCAGUCAUCACAGGUAUUCCUUUUUAAUCUAGUGAUGUGGCUGUAUAUGGUUCCACCUGAACUGACAAUCAGUUCCACUCUGCAACUGUUAUUUUACUUAUAUAACAGGUCCAAUCCUUGGGGUCUCCAAAAGCAACGUUGUUGUUCAGCAUCUUUAUAAUAAAUAAUAAAUAAUAAAUUCUUAUUUAUACCAGUUCAGAAAACCGGGCUCAGGGCGGUUAACAACAAAUUUAAAACACUUAAUUGAUGCAACAAAAAACAGCUUAAAAUACAGUAUAAAACAUGAAUAACAAUAAAUUGAGAAUUGAAAAAUCAAUUUAGGGGGAAAUCCAUCCAAUAAUCAUUAGAUGAUCACCAGGGCUAGCUGGCUAAAUUAGUCCUAUUUGGGCCAGCGGAGAGAUCAGGGGAGAAUUAGCAGUGGGAUCCCAGAGCGGGUAAUCUUCAUAAAAAGGGGAAGGGGAGGGAAGGAAGGGGAAUAAAAGAUCAGGCUAAGUUCAAAUUGAACUUUAGAAAUUACUUGCAUGAAGGAAUUGAGGGGAUGCUCAUCAAAUUUGCUGAUGAUACCAAACUGCGAGGGGUAGCUAAUGCCACAGAUGUCAGAAUCAGAAAUCAAAAUGACCUUAACAGAUUGUAGAACUGGGCCCAAGCUAACAAAAUGAAUUUCAGUAGGGACAAAUGUAAGGUUUUGCACUUAGGCACGAAGAACCAGAUGAACAAAUAUAAGAUUGGGGACAUGGGGCUUAUUAGCAGUAGAGGAAUUCUUGAAGAAACUGGGUAUGUUUAGCCUGGAAAAGAGGAGACUGAGAGAAGAUAUGAGAGCCAUCUUCAAAUAUCUUAAGGGCUGUCACAUGGAAGAAGGAACAAGCUCAUUUUCUCCUGUUCUGAAAGGUAGGACUCAAACUGAUGUCUACAAGUUUUAAGAAAAGAGAUUCCUUAUGUAUAAGGCAGCUUACUAUCUUGGAGCCAGUCUCUGAGGUGCUUUCAGAAUUAGAGGAGAACUGAGGCAACAUUUUACCUAUUCUGAAGUCACAUUGACUCCGACUCCUCCUCGGCUGCAACAUGUGAGCUUCUACUGGUCCCUAUUUAUCAUAGAAACAUAGAAUCAUAGAAUUGUAGUGCUAGAAGGGACCCCUGGGAGUCAUCUUCCUACAUUCCCCUGUAAUGCAGGAAUCUCAACUAAAGCAUCUAUGACAGAUGGCUAUCCAACCUCUGUUUAAAAACAUCCAAGGAAGGAGACUCCACCACUUUCCAAAGGAGUCCGUUCCACUAGGUUCCACUGCUUGAAAGAGGGCCCCAUUUUCCAAGACCUCAAGUAAAUUGGGGCCACUUAAAAAAAAACAAAAACUUGUGUGGCCACUAUGGUGCUGAUAACACCAAGGUUGCAGGUUCAAUCCCUGUAAGGAACAGCUGCAUAUACCUAUAUUUCAGAGGGCUAGUUCCAUAUGAUCUUCAGGGUCUUCCAGCUCUAUGAUUCUAUGACCCUAAGCCAUGUGCAACAGCCAUGAGUCUUAUUUUUAAAAAAUAUAUAUAUAUUAUUCAUUUUUCUUUUUCAUUCAUUACACACAUCUCAUAUUCAUAACAUUUGCUAUGCAUUCCUUCCUCCCUCCCCUCCUAGGCUUCCCCCAACUUCCGCUUCUGGUUGUUUCUCCUUUCACCCACUUUGCUGCCUCCUAAAAGAAAAAGUUACUAAUAACAUAUUUAUACAAUAAUAUCAAACCUAAAAACAUAAAAAUAACAAUGAAUACACCAUAUUAUUUCUCUAUCUUCUACACAUUUUCUAAUACUAACAAUGUGAAUGUUUAUUUAAAUCCUGCCAUCAAGUCUAUCGGCUUUCUUUGUUUCUGCAAGUAUAAUAUAAAUGGUUCCCAUUCUUUUUCAAAGUCACUGUUGUCUUUUUCUCUUAAUCUGUCUGUCAUUUUUGCCAGUUCUGCAUAGUUCAUCAACUUCUCUUGCCGUUGUUCUUUAGUUGGUAUUUCUCCAGUCUUCCAGUUUUGUGCAAUCAACAUUCUUGCUGCUGUAGUGGCAUACAUAAAUAAAGUCCUUGCUGCUGUAAUGGCAUACAUGAAAAUAGUCCUCUUUUCUUUCGGUAUAUCUUGGCUUAAAAUACCUAAUAAAAAGGCUUCUGGGUUUUUUACAAAAGUUAUUUUCAACAACAGCCAUGAGUCUUAGAGCAUGAGUCUAUUUUAAUCCUUUUUCUUUCUAUCCUACCUCUUUCUCUUUCUUUCUUUCUUUCUUUCUUUCUUUCUUUCUUUCUUUCUUUCUCCCCCCCCCCUCUCCUUUUUGUCUGGAUCUGUCUUUUUAGCUACAUUAACAUUUUAGUUUGGAUAAAGCGAUAUUUGAUAAUAAUCUUUGUAUCUCUCUUUAAAAUUCUAAUAAAUUUUAUUCAAACAAAAAAGAAAGAAAAGAAAAAGAACCAACUUCGAUAAAUGCCAGGAUUUUCUCUGUCCUUCUAGCUUCACCCUUUCCUGAGAAACGUCAGAUUUUAUAAUGCUUCUGUGGACGGAGUUUAUUUGGAUGAGAACGGGCAACUGGCAGCUGACUUUGAUAUUGUGAACUUUGUGAUUCUUCCCAAUAACUCCCUUCAUGAAGGGAAAGUUGGGCGUGUGGAGAAACGGGGAUCCCAAGGCGUACAAGUCACCAUCGACCAGAAUGCCAUCGUGUGGCCUCCUUGGUUUAAGAAGGUGGGUUGAGCCGUUCAAUUAAUGUUAUUCUUUUGAUCAUCUGUUGAGUUCUAACAGUUCUUCUGGUAUUGUUGAUUAGACCUCAAAAAAGAGAGAUAUCAUUGGUUUGAAAAUACUCUUUGUCAGGAAAGGUUCUUCCAUAUUCACUCAUUCUCUAAAAAGCAUAGCAAUUCCAAAUCAGAGCUCCUCUGUUUUGAGCUACAUGUUAAAUCAUGGGCAGGCAACCAUUUUUUCUCCCAAGGGUCACAGUCCCUCAGAGGGAAAUGAAGGACGAAUCUCUCAGGGAGCUGCAGGCAUGGCUGAGGGUGGAAUCGGUAUUGAAGGUGGGCAGAGCAAAACACGAAAGAGUUCUGAAUCAACAAAUCUGGAAUAAAAAUUGCCUGACUUCAUUUUUUUACCAUGGUUACAUCAGAGUAGAUUUCCCUAUGCAGCUCUGCUCAGAAGUAAGCCCACUGGUUUUGAUGGCAGCCCUGUACAGCAUAGCUGUCAACUUUUCCCUGUUCUUGUGAGGAAUCCUAUUUGGAAUAAGGGAAUUUCCCUUAAAAGGGGGUGGAGUUGACAGCUAUGCUGUACAGUUACGAACUUAAUUCGUUCCGGAAGUUCGUUCUUAACCUGAAACUGUUCUUAACUAGAGGCGUACUUUCGCUAAUGGGGCCUCUAGCUGCAGCUGCGCCACCGGCACACGAUUUCCGUUCUCAUCCUGGGGUAAAGUUCUCAACUCAAGGUAACUCUUCCAGGUUGGCAGAGUUUGUAACCUGAAGCUUUUGUAACCUGGUGCGGUUGUAAGUAGAGUUUCUAUUGUAUAGGGAAGUUUUUAAUGUUUAGUGUUUUAUUAUGUUUUUAUAUAUGCCGGAAGCUGCCUAGAGUAGCUGGGGCAUCCCAGUCAGAUGGGCAGGGUACAAAUAAUAAAAUUAUUCUUAUUAUUAAAUAAGUAUACAAUAGACCAGUAAAGGUAAUGCUCAAGAAGGAAUCUGAUCGUAAGUUCUUUGACAGUUAGUCUGCUUCAGUUUAGAACACAGGCUGGGUUUCUUUCCUGGAGAGAAACAGGGUCUCACGGAUACCCCUUUGAAGGUCACCCUGGAGCUUUGCAAAAGUGUGGUUUCCAUAUCAGCAACAUGGAUUUUUCAGAUAUCUUCUAAUACCUUAAGUUUUACUUAAGGUUCCUAACAGACUUGAAGGAAAUAACAACUACAGAGAUGAGGCAGGAAUCAAGUUAGAUCCGCAUUCAUAGUGGAUCCAUGAGGUCAGGAGAUUCAGAAUACCAUGGAGCAGGUUAGGUUGAGAACAGCAAACUGAAUGAACCAGCCUCUUGCAGAGAAGUCAUUAAACUGCAUUUUUAUACAUAUAAUUAGCCAAAAUCAAGGUCUAAAGUGCUUAUGAUAUCACAGACCUGAUGAAAAUACCUCCCAUAAUCCCCCUACUUUCCCUUCCUAUUACUUCCGGUGACUUUGCAUAGAUAGAAAUAGCCCUCACUAUUGAUCCUUUGUCUAUGAGUAGAUGGUGCCUCAUUCCAGAUGUAGCAAGAGCUGUCAGCCUGGGUAUGUCAAGGUGAUCCGGGAAGGAGAGCAGCUUUGCUGCUAUGAUUGCGCUCCCUGCAAGGAAGGGACAAUCUCUACCCAAGAAGGUAAGUGUCUCCAGAGGAAAGGGCAGCCUUUAAGGAAUGGGUAAAUUAUAUUUAAAUAUUUUUGGCGAAAUAGACCUUUCUGGAGUUGAAAGAAAUGGCCUUAUGUGUGGACUGGUGGGUGUUUAAGGAUCCAGAAAUCCAUUUCAUUUCCAUUACCAAUACCCCAAGUGUUUUACAUGUGAUUGAUUGCCAUUUUGAUGUAUCCACUGUCAGGAGUUCAGCCUACACUCGAGUAGGACCCUGGCAGAGACACAUGCCCGACUGGCAUGUUCCCUCCCUCCUGGUCAAUCAUUCAGGAGCUUCAUAAGCUUUCUUCUACCCGAACAUCACAGCGACCGAUGCCAACCGACACCAGCACACAGAGAUCCGCAGAGUUUGCGCACCUUGCGUGACAGACCUCAGCAACUCAGCAUUUUGACUAAUCUACUUUAUUUACACAUAAACACACAUGGAGCACUGCAACAUGGCUCCCUCUGUCUCUAGCAUCAGACAGCAAAGAGAAAAAGAACAAAGGACAAUAGUCCCACUUCACGGAACACAGUAACACAAACAUCCCGUCUCCAUCACUUCCCACUCUGUGUAGUCAAAACACAUCACGUCAUGUGAAAGACAACAAUCCUAUGACUGCAAUCAUGGAGCAGGAAUUCUAACAUCCACUAGCCCUUUGCAAUUCAAUUAGCAUAUCAAUCUGCCUUACAGUGACUAUUUUUCAAAUGUAGCUGGAAUGUAAAUUUUCACAACAAAACAUGUAUUUUGUGGAAUGUAACAGAGUAAUUGCGCACAUAUGAAUGAUGCUGAAGUCAUUGUUCUUCUUUUCAGAUGCAAAACAUUGCACCAAAUGUCCAGAAGACCAGCAUCCAAACAAGAAUCAAGAUAAAUGUGUUCCCAAAAUUAUCAACUUCCUGGCCUAUGAAAAACCCUUGGGAAUAAUCCUGACUUCCUCUGCCCUAUUCUUGUGCUUAACCACCAUCUUUGUAUUAGGAGUUUUCAUUAAAUACAAGGAAACUCCCAUAGUCAAAGCCAACAAUCGAGACCUCUCCUACAUCCUCCUUGUCUCUCUCCUUCUCUCCUAUUUAACCUCCUUCCUCUUCAUCGGCCGGCCAAGGAAAGAGACCUGCCUCUUUCAACAAAUGGCCUUCAGCAUCAUCUUCUCUGUUGCCAUCUCUUCUGUCUUGGCAAAAACCAUCACUGUGGUGCUGGCCUUCCUGGCCACAAAGCCAGGGAACAGGGUGAGGAAAUGGCUGGGGAAGAGUUUGGCCAACUCUAUUGUCAUUUCCUGUUCCAGUGUCCAAGUUCUCAUCAGCACUAUCUGGCUGGGGUUCUUUCCCCCAUUCCCAGAUUCUGACAUGAACUCUCAGCCUGGGGAGAUCAUCCUGCAAUGCAACGAAGGGUCUGUGGCCAUGUUCUAUGGUGCCCUGGGCUACAUGGGUUUCCUGGCUGCCAUCUGCUUCACGGUGGCUUUCCUAGCCAGGAAACUUCCCGGAGCCUUCAAUGAAGCCAAGCUGAUCACCUUCAGCAUGCUGGUCUUCUGCAAUGUUUGGGUGUCCUUUGUUCCCACCUACCUGAGCACCAAGGGGAAAUACAUGGUAGCCGUGCAGGUCUUCUCUAUGUUGGCCUCCAGUGCUGGGCUCCUGGGCUGCAUCUUCAUUCCUAAGUGCUACAUUAUUAUACUCAGGCCUAACUUGAAUAUAAAGGAUAAUCUGACAACAAAACUAAAGCUGGCAUCUGAUUCUUAGUAGAUUUAUUUCCCCAUCUUACACACCUGUGCUCAGUAAAGAAGUAAUAAAAAAAGCUAUUUCACUUGUGAGUGGUUAUUAUGAACUGCUAUUUUAAAUAUUUUCUCUUCCCUUUACUAAUGUCCCAAAGGCUAUAGGUCAUGGCCAAUGAAGAUGAGGCUAUGGUGACCAUGGAAUGCCCACAGGUUCUAUUGAUUUAAUAUUUUGUAGGUAUCAAAUAUGCAAAAAAACUGUGUGGUAUGUUGCAGAUCUCUCGCUUGCCUAAGCAGACAUUCAUAGUUGGCCUCUGAUAAAGAAGUAAAAUGUGAACAUAGAAACUAUUUCACAAAAUGCAAUUCUUUCCAGAAAUCAGGGCAUGAUGAGGAUUGGUGUAAAGAGGGGUGGCCAACUCCCAGGAGACUGCAAUCCAGUUACAGAAUUAAAAACUGGCAGUGAUCUACCCCCGUUUUUGGGGGGUUCAGGUCAAAGUUGUUGACCUUUUUUAGGGAGGAGGAAAGCCCUGUUUUUAAGGGUUUUGGGGGAGAAAGAGGAACAGCCACUCACAAACAAAUCACUGGCACUCCAUCUUCUGUUCUGCAUAUCCGUGGAGGGCAGGACAAGGGGGCGGGAUGGAUUUGAUUUUAGCAACGCUAAGGAAAGGGACCCAGCGAUCAAACGCAAUCUACCAAAACCUCCCGGGGAUCUACCAGUAGAUCGCUAUCGACCUGUUGGACAUCCCUGGUGUUAAGGAAAAGAGUGUACUGUGUGCUACAUGGCCGCUAUUGGAAAACCAAUGGUUUCUGUAAGAUACAUGUUUUAUGACUUUGCAUGUCAACAGUUGUGGCGUUCAUACGGAGCCCCUGGCCAUCUCACGGACCAUUGACCCGUACACCACUAAUCUGCUGCCACCAACAAGGUGCUCUCCGGUAAAUCACUUAGUCACAGUUAGGUUCUUAAGUUAACAAAGAAGAAGCGAAGAAGAAGAGUUUGGAUUUGAUAUCCCGCUUUAUCACUACCCUAAGGAGUCUCGAAGCGGCUAACAUUCUCCUUUCCCUUGUGUAGUUUAUUGCAAACACAAAUUUUGGGCCAUUAUAAAGAGAUUUAGUGGUUCUUAGUUGAUCGGUGAUGUGGUAGUGUUAUAUUGUAUUAUUUAUGCAAAUUGAUUUUCUCUGGAGUUAAAGAUCUGACUGGGACAAAGCUUGUUAUGCUGAGCUCGUAUUUUGCACAAUUUGUAUACGGUGUUUGUUUGAUAAUGUGUGGUUUGCUAUGCCUAAUAAAGGAUUGACUUUUUAAAGCAAGCACAAAUAAACUUGAACUGCAUUCAAAACGUUGUUACCCUUUAUAUUCUUAGUCUUAUUUUAUCC